ACGAGAGAUACCGUUGCACAAAACUGUCGCCGCUCGUGAUUGAGCUGCCAGUCGUAGUGCAGGCAAAAGACAUUCCGUGGAUUAGUCAUUUUCGGCUGCUCGGUCCAGUCACCGUGGUUUUGUUGCUUUUUCCGGUGGUUUAGUUUACUGGUUUCAUGUCGUCCUAUUGAUCCCACUGAAGGUGCCGAAAAUUUGAAGUGAUCCUAUAUCUACCAACUGCAAAGUGCUAUCGGUUUUGGGCUGUGUUCGGUAACGAAUGGCUACCGUUUCAUAGCUAGUGUAUUUGUGAGCACAGUCAAUAAGUGCCAAUCCCUCAAAAAGUGACCACGCGAUCCGCAGUCCGUGAGGUGAAGGAAAAGCGAAAAGGCCACCACCGCAAGAGAAAAUAUCGAUUUGGGUGAAAAGUAAUCGUGAAUCUGUCGGAAACAAUCAACCGUCGAAGUGGUUCUACUGUUUAAAAGGCAGUCGUGCUAGAGUGAGUCAGAUUGUCGCUGCUAAUCGUGUGAUUCUUCGUCAUUAUGUGCGAUAUGGGAUUCCUUUCGUGGGUGUAAGUGAUCGUGAAUGAAUGCAAGAGUGUUCUGAAUCGUUUCUCUUUGUAUACCUCCCGUUGCCCAUUUCUUCCGAUAAGGGGAAAGUUACACAGUGAUUGGCGUAUUGCUAUUGUUGUUAUUCUAUUUCGUUGUUGUGUUGGAAAGCAUACGAAGGCGUUGUCUUGUGUUGCACAUAGCAACGGAAGGAAAAAUAAAUUUCCAGUGCAGUUGUCAAAUUAAGCAGCUAACACCUAUCCUGUCCUUGACAAAAGUGCAAUGGAGCUGCUGCACACAAUCUCGAACACAUUCUGGUCCACCAGUGUUUGGCUGCCUCCGAACGUGACGUGGGAAGACAUUAAACCGGGAGUUAGACCGGAUGUGAAUCAUGCCGAUUACCGGCAUCUAGUGUACCCGAUUCCGCUAGCAGUAGUCAUUCUACUGAUAAGAUACGUCGUUGAGCGAUACUGGAUCACUCCAAUUGGUAAAGCUAUUGGCAUCAAGAGCACAGGACCCAAACCACCAAUAUUAAACAAAACGCUAGAGUGGGCGUACAACAGUAACAGCCGGCUGAGGCAUAAAACCAUUGUCAAGUUGACCAAGCAGACCGAACUGACCGAGCGACAAAUAGAGCGAUGGUGGCGUCGCCGAAGGGCACAGGACAAACCGACGACGUUGGUUAAAUUUUGCGAAAACUCGUGGCGAUGCAUCUACUACACGUACAGCUUCAUCUUCGGUUGCAUCGUUAUGUGGGAUAAACCCUGGUUAUGGGACAUCAAGAACUGUUGGUAUGGCUACCCGCACCAGUCGGUAACCAACGAUGUCUGGUGGUACUACAUGAUCUCGAUGGCAUUUUACUGGUCUUUAACUGCGUCGCAGUUCAUUGAUGUUAAGCGGAAGGAUUUCUGGCAAAUGUUUGCCCAUCACAUGAUUACCAUCCUACUGAUGGCGCUGAGUUGGGUCUGCAACUUGCAUCGAGUUGGCUCGUUGGUCCUUCUGGUGCAUGAUUGUGCAGAUAUCUUCUUAGAGGCAGCUAAAAUCACCAAAUAUGCGCAAUAUCAGAAGCUUUGUGAUGCAAUUUUUGCUGUGUUCACCGUGGUUUGGAUUAUUACCCGACUUAUGUUGUACCCGCGCAUCAUCUACAGCUCUUCGGUUGAGGCACCACAGAUACUUCCGAUGUUCCCUGCGUACUACAUUUUCAACACAUUGCUGAUAUUGUUGCUCGUUUUACACAUUGGCUGGACCUAUCUGAUUAUGCAGAUCGUCAUCAAGGCGAUCAAAUGUGGGCAGAUGGAUGGCGAUGUCCGCUCGAGUUCGAGCGAUGAACUCUCGGACAGUUCCGAGAAUGCCCGGCCCUUCGUAGCCAAUGGCACUCCAAAGAAGCAAUCGCACCGGCCUUCACCCAGCAGAUCGGCGAACAGCGCAGCUGACGGUGUCGGCAACGCUGACCCAACCCCAUCGUCACCUAAGAAAAGCCAGUAAAGCGCUUGUUUGCACCAGGCUACUACACAGUUGCUACUUUUACAACCAAUGUUGCUAUGCUAAAAUCGAUUGAAAUGCGUGCGCUAGAGCAUGAUGCGUAUAAUAUAUAUUUAAAUAAAUUGUUAACCCGACCUGUUUGAGUGAAUGGAGUCUAAAUGUGCAACUAGCAAACAAAGAAUGAUAAAAGGAAAUAACGUCUUAAUUAUCGAGCAUAUUUAAGAAACAAACUUUGCUAUCAAUAUAUUUAUUGAACAAAUAGAACAAAGAGGCAAAAAGACCGUCGAAGACGUCUCUUCGGAUGAUAUACAUGAAGAGUGAAACCAACGGUGAUUUUUCUGUUAGAAAAAAAUCCGCAGUCUUCACGAACCGCGUCCUAGAUCAUUAAAAAUGCUAAUCUUUGGUUUUGUUUCAACAUUCCCGGUAACAUUCAACUACACUAGUCUACAAAAGGUUUGGCGAGCGGGUUGAAACUAGUUAUUUUUACAUAUUAGGCGCUUUUUACAAGUAUACGUUUUUUUUUUGUCGCGCUAAAAGAACAAGUUUGUGAACAAAUUACCCCUGAUUUUUACUAGUUUGGUCCCGUUCUUCAAAUUUGAUGGCUAGUUUAACUUUUGACAGAAAACCAAAAAAGGCGAUAGAAAUACUCGUGCGGAAAAAACGAAUUUCAUACCAUGAUAAAGCAUGUUCAUAUAGGAUUGUAGAGUGGAAAUUAAUAUAGGAAGGUGUCUUGUUACGAAGCUUACAAAAUGUAUCGAACAAUCAACGCCCAUUCUAUUUGGACAGCAAACUUGCAAUAUCUCCGCUGAUAUACACUCCAGUACACUAAUAGGACCUCUCUGUUCGGGGUAAAUUAUCUGUUUAUCAAUGAGGAAUGUAAUUACUCACACAUCAUACACAGCUGCCUUUCAUUAGCUGACGGAUAGAAACAAAAAACUUUGUUGUUAUUACUUUGCCUCUGCAAUGCGUGUCGGACACUUUUUUCAUCUUCCAAAGAGAGAGGGAAAGCAUCGAACGUAUACUAUCAGUUAGAUUAGAUGAUCUUGAAAGUAAACCGGAUACAGUAGGAAUAAAAUCUAAGUUUAUAGAUAAAAAGUAAUAUUGUUUCCAAAUUACCAUCCUAGUGAAUAAGCAAAAGGUUCGUUAGACGCGAGUAGAAGCUAUGUAAUGCUCGGUGUAAAUGUGUGCGUAAAAGAAUGCUAUGAUGCAUUACAAAAUUGCAUUUUAAAUCCAUCCCACAAAAAAGCAGCCAAUCUAUGUUAACCUUCUUAGUUCGCUGGUUUUACUACGCCCCGCUUUAUUCUGUUAUUUUGAAUGCUACUUCUUGGCGUUCACCGGACGGAAAUUAGUCGUAAUUAUUUGCUCGUUUUGAGCUUACUUUGAUAUCAGAAGGCGAGGAAAGAUUUCGAAAGAAAACGUGAUCAAAAAGGAAGCACACAAUAAAGUGUAAAACAAAUGGAA